GGGAAGCCAAUAACAUUUAGCAGCACUUAUGGAAAGUACGGCCAGUCUCUUCACUUUUUGCAGAUAAGGGAAGUGGUAGAACAGGAUGCUGGAAGAUACACUUUGGUGCUGAAGAAUGAGCAGGCUGAAUUGGUGGAGCAGGUUACUCUACGACUGGCGGUGAAUGUUCCCCCACAGAUCCACGAGAAAGAGACGUCAUCUCCAAAUAUCUAUGCUCAAGGUAGCCAACAUGUCUUGACCUGCACAGUAUUUGGGGUUCCUGCUCCUACAUCCAUCCAGUGGCAGUGGCGACCAUGGACACCAUGCAGGGUGUACAGCCGACGCAGUGUAGUCCGCCAAAGGUCAUCUCGUAGACAUCAACGUGACCGAAUGCCUGAGUGCAAAGACUGGAAGGACGUGACUUUGGAUGGGGAUGUAAACAGCAUUGAAAGCAUAGAGACUUGGAGCGAGUUUGUGGAGGGGCGGAAUAAGACUGUGAGCAAGCUGGUGAUACAAAAAGCUAACCUAUCAAUCAUGUACAAAUGUUCAGCUUCCAACAAA